AUGGUGGCACGGGAUGGCGCGGAGUGCGCGCCAAGGCGAUCGGCGGCCCAGCGCAGGGCAGGCCGAGAGUGGGCGAAGUGGUCCGCCGAUAAUGCCGUCAGGCGGCUCUCGGGCGAGCUGGCCAAGACCCGAUUUCGCCUGGAGGCCGCGGAGGAGGCCCUGUGCGCCGUCAUCGGCGACGGCGAGGUUGGGCAGCGACUGCAGGCGAUGCUCCCCGCGCUGCAGGCCAAGCUUUGGGGUAGAUCCCCCACAUGUCUCGAGCGCCUGCGGCUUAAUGUCGCCCUCCACGCGGAGGCGCAGGGCGUGGACAUCGUGGCGGCGGGAGCGGUGGAGCUGCGAUGUGCCCAGCGGGGGCCCCGGCUGGAGGGGCGCGCGGCGCCCAGGCGCAAGGCCGAGGAGGCUGCCGAUGGGGCGAUGCGGGCGGAGGCGCCCUCCCUUUUUCCUGCCGGCCUCCUUGGUGCUGUUACGCCCGACCUGGCGCCUGAAGGAGUCGGCCGAGAUGGGGGUGUCCGAGCUGCGCGGGCGCGGCGCCACCUCGCGGCAGUCGCCGUGAGCUUCAGGGACUACGUCGACGCUAUCGCGGAGGACGGCAGCGAGCAGCUGGAGCCUCUGGAUGGCUGGCCGCGGGUGCGGUUGCCUAGGGAGCUCAGGCGCCUGCGAAAGCGCCUCCUUCUACUGGGGCCAGCAGCGGUCCUUGGGGAGCCCAGACAGGGGCAGACCCUAAAGGAGGGCAACGGACCUUGGUGCGAGGCCGCAGACAUGCGGGUGGCCGAAGCCCUUGACCAGGCGCUGGAGGAACAGAAGGGCAAGCACAAGCGCAAGUUCGGCCUGGACCUGGACGAGGACGGGGGCUUCUUCGAGGGCGGGCUGGAGGAACCGAAGGGCCAGCACAAGCGCGAGGUCGACCUGGGCCUGGGCGCGGAAGUGAGCGUGUGCGAGGACUGGUCGGAGUGCGGCGGCCUUGGCGGCGGCACAGGCUUCCUGUCUGCGCGCGAGCUCCUGGAG